UCAAUUCUCGAGAAAGGGGUAAAGUCAUGGCAUUAGCUCAUAUCAGAUCAUUAAGAAGUGUUCUUGUUGCCAAGGAGACAGUUCAUGUCGGUCAACGAACAUUUGCUGCCCGGGCUGGGAAAGCCAACAAGGGCUCAGAAGAAUCAAUAGAAGUAGAGAGGAGGGCACUUAGACAAUUUGUUUUGGGUACAGGGAAGUCUGCUGGCAGGAAUUCCUCGGGGCGUAUUACGGUUUUUCACCGAGGGGGUGGAUCGAAGCGAUCGCAGCGAAGAAUUGAUCUGAAACGAAGCACUUCGUCUAUGGGCAUUGUGGAAAGGAUAGAAUAUGACCCUAAUCGUUCUUCUUGGAUCGCUCUAGUACGAUGGAUCGAGGGGGUCAGUGUUUGCCAGAAGAAAUUGAAUACGGUAGAGGAGUUCACUCCGCCGCUCGAGAUCCUUGAUCCUAUCACGACCAGUAUCCGUGGCCAAUUUUCGUUCUCUUCCCUGCCCGGGAUGGUGGAUCAAAGGAAGGUAGCUUCCUUCUCUUCUGGAUCGACGGCGUCUUUUGUAGUUGGCCCUCCUACCAAAAUGUCCCCUUCGUCGAACAGCGCCUUGUAUAGUAAAGAUGCAGGAAGCAAAAAAACUUGUGCGAGGGACGUCUUCUCCGCCCUCUCCUCUCCAAUGGCCAAGGGGGAGACCGCAUCCCUUUCCUCCGGUAACUAUUUUGGUCUCCCAAGGGUGGCAGUAGCUGGGGCAAAGCCUGCUUUCUUUGCUCCACGAAUGAGAGAAGAACUCGGAGAAAAAAACACAUUCUCUCUUAGCGAGGUCCAAAAGUGGAGAACGAACAGCAUUCUCUGGACACACAGGAUCAAACGUAAAGCAGCGCUUUCUUGGCACAGCAUUAGGCAGCAAGACACUUUAGGGCUUGUUGGAGCUGUUGAGCAUACCGAAUCAAAGCCGAAGACGGAAGGUAAGCCAAUAGGCGAAGUCGAUCGUGCACCGGUCACUUACAUAAUAGCCAGUCAGCAACUAGAAGCAGGCAAAAUGGUGAUGAAUUGCGACUGGUCCAAGCCCUCGAAAGUCUUUGGCAAGCCCAAGGCAGUAGCUCGUUAAUCAAGUGAACCAUCAACAUAUAUCAUCGUCUU